AUGCCGGUCGCUAGAAGGUUACAAAACUUACGGAGACCCUUUGAAAAGUCAUACCUCAACCAGGAGCUUAAGCUGUUCUGAGAGCGUAGGUUCGGGAACAGAACUUUCUGUGAGGUGUGGAGGGUCAAAUUUACCCUGACCAAGAUUCGCAAAGCCUUCUGGGAGCUGCUGCUGCUGCUGCUGCAGCUGAACGAAAAGGACCCACGGGAUCUUUUUGAAGACAACCUUCUGCUGAGGCAACUUGUUCACACUGGGUUGCUGGGCAAAGGCAAGAUCAAGCCAAGACGAAGCUGGUUUACAUCUUGGGCCUUCGGGUUGAGGAUUUAUUUCUCGGAGAAGCAGCUGCAGACCCAGGUCUUCGAGCUGGUCCUGGACAAAUCUAUUCGCCGUGCCUGUGUGCUCCUCUGCCACUGUCAUAUCAGGAUCGGAAAGCAGGUGGUGGACAUCGCAUUCUUCUUUGUUGGUCUGGACUCCCGGAAGCACACUGACUUCUUUUGCCAUUGUGUUAAUGGUUGUGGCCACCCAGGUAGUGUGAAGAGGAAGAAUGCCAAAAAGGGCCGGGGUGGUGCUGGAGCUGGUGAUGAUGAGGAAGAGGAUUAA